AUGGCAUUCGUACAGGCCCUCCUCACCGACCCCGGCAUUCCCCUCAAGGACAGGCAGGAUGCCCUUCACCGUGUUCUCGCCGAUCCAGGAAUACCAGGGCCACUCGGCGAGAGCACUUCAUCGUUUUGGCUGAAAGAUCCACACCCGGAGCUGGCCAGUAUGCAAUCACGGGAAUUGCCUCAAGAGGCUGAUGUUGUAAUUAUUGGUUCCGGCAUUACAGGUGCUUCAAUUGCACGCACCCUGUUGGAGGAAAAUGAUCAGCUUGCAGUGAUCAAUACGAGACCCGCAGUUGUCAUGCUGGAGGCCCGAGACACUUGCACUGGCGCGACGGGUCGCAAUGGAGGUCAUAUUCUGGAGACAGCUGAAGAGUUUACUGACUGGGAAGCCCUCUAUGGGCUGGAAGCGGCAAAGGCAUUGACACGGUUCCGGCUGGCCCAUCUGAAGUCGAUAUUGGAGGUAGCGGACAAGUAUGGAUUGACAAAAGAAACCCAGGCUCGAAAGGUCGAGUUUCUUAGUGUGCACUUCGACGAGGAAAGAUGGCGUCAAGCAGUGCAAUGUAUCACACGGUUCAAAACAUGUAUGCCUGCAGAAGCAGCCGAGUGGAAACUUCUUGACAAGAGCGAGGUCCCCAAGGAAUGGUGCCUCCCUCAUGCCAUUGGGGUUGUUGCAGGACCAGCCGGAGCCCUAUGGCCUUAUAAACUGGUCACCGGUUUGUUAGCAAGGUUGCGACAAAAGCAUCCAGCAAACUUCCUACUCGAAACCAACACACCAGCGACCAAAGUCUCGACCGAUGGCACCUCACCUUUGCGGUAUGCCGUAGAGACACCGAGAGGAACCCUGCAUGCUCGGCAUGUUAUCCACUGUACGAAUGCUCAUGUUGGACAUCUUGUCCCCGAGCUAAGGGGCCACGUUUACCCAGUUCGAGGGCAAAUGUCUGCCCAAAACCCGGGCUCCACUUUUAUCUGUCAAGCUACAGAACAUUCGUGGCUCUUUAACUACGACCGUGGUUUCGACUACCUGACACAAUUACCCCCUGGAGGAGACUCAGGUAAAAAGAUGAUGCUGGGUGGUGGCUUUGCUCAAGGUCGCAACGGUGGGCUUGGCGAUCUGGGUAUCGCAACUGACUCAGAGCUGAGCCUGCCUUGUGAUAUUCACCUGUCCGGUGCGUUGAGUGCGGUGUUCGGCCAUGAAAAUUGGGGUCAGGUUGACGGUCCUUGCGUGGAGCAGAUGUGGACGGGAAACAUGGGAUUUAGUAGUGAUGGCCUUCCCUGGGUUGGACAGCUACCUUCAUCUGUGGGUUAUAGUGCAGAAGCAACAAAGGAGCGUGGUGCUCAGUGGGCCUGCUGCGGAUUUAGUGGAGAAGGUAUGGUGCAAGCCUGGCUAAGUGGAACAGCAGUGGCACAGAUGUUGUUGGCCAGCGACCGAACGGACCAUGUGAGAUCUGAUUCUCUGUCUUGGUUCCCAGAGCAGAUGCUGCUAACUGAAGGGAGACUGAAGAAAGCAGGGCUGACACGAGCCGUCGAUGACCGGGCCUCAAAUUUGUAA